AAUAAUAAUAUGGAAGAAAUGAAAAUCGAGUCAACAUACGCACCGCGCGCUAGAUGGAGGCUCCAGAGUCCACCGUCUGUGAGAUGCUCAGAUGGCCACGCUAGUUAGGUACGGUAGGUAUGUACAUACAUACUUAAGUAGGUAGUUCUUCCAUCCCCAAACUUCCCACAUCUCGGUUCGAGCCAACGGUGCCAUGGACGACAAACUGGAUUCGUACGUAAUAUGGAGAGAAAGUGAUAGGCUGUCUGAUACUCCACGGUUAAUUCUGGAGCUGGACGGUGCCUCGACCAUUUGGACGGAGUCGCGGAAUGAAAACUACUCAAUUCGAGUUUCUCUUCGAAGGAUUCUAAGCGAUGAGUUUAGCGGCCAGAACGAUAACACAAAAGACCUUAACCAACCGUUCUGGCUGCGCUGGUCCCCCGAAAUUGAUCCUGGCCGGGAGGAUUUCAUUCUCUUGCGCCACGAUCUAGACAGCUUCCAAAGAAUCGGCGUUGAAGAGAAACCUAGAUAUGAAGUGGACUCAAUAAUUCAGCAAUUUCCAAACGAGCCGCCUUCGUGUUACACAGCAGAGGCUAAGAAAAGCCAUGACCGCUGCAGAAUCACCUACAGGUUAUCCUUUCCCGAUACUUAGGAAGAGCUCUUACAAUUAGGUUAUACUUACGACCUUCUUUGGACUGGAAAGGAAAUUACUCAUUGGGAUUGGAGCACGCAGCCAGAGAUAAAAGAUGAGCCUAAGUGGCCACCAAUUUUGGUUCCAGGGGGCGC